AUAUAAUUAGACAUCAGAAUGCAUUAAAUCAGGCCUUGUCCUAAUCUUUUUUCCAACAUAUAUUUUUAACAUAUUUUUUUGGAGUCGUUUCUACAAAAUAUCCUGGCAUAUCUACAAGUAUUUCCAAGGACAAUCUGCAUGACCUUGGAGGCUUUGUCACAUUUUACGCCUAUUUCACCAGAGCUACCUCAAUGACUUGCUAGAUUUCUUUCCUCUCUCUUUGUGGGCUAUUUCAAAAACCAUGAAAGCAUUAAAUUGCCCUUCCUUGAUUCCGUUCUCCAACGGCAUACAUAGAAAUUACGAAGUAGUAAAUCAAGCCUCGUCCUAAUCCUAUUCCCCAACAACAUAAAUGCCCGCCCUGCAAAGGGCGCAUUUAAAAAUACGAAAAGUAACCACUGGGCCGCCGGAACGUGGCGGAGACGUAGCGCACUCGAGGGCAUUUUCGUCAUUCUCCCAAUAUCUCGAGGACUCUUUUAGACGCUCUCCUCCCCUCUCCUCCGUCGCGUCUUUGGUCACCAACUCAACCGUAAACCCCCCUCCCCCUACCUAAGUCCCAGCUCCUAUUUGAUCUUCGGUUCUCUUCUCCAAACAUUAACCCUAACCCUAGCUCGAGCCAUGAAGAUUUCUCUCCUGCCUGCGGUGAUCCGGGAGAUGCUCCUCCACCGGCGGCCAGUGCUCCGGUACGCGGCCACGUGGACGGCCGUCCUGACGGCCACGGUGGCGGUGACGUCGUUCGCGCCGGAGAUCGCGUUCGUGCGGGCGUUGUCGCCGGAGUCGGGCUUCGCGCAGCGGUGCCGGGCCGGCGCCGUUAGGGUUCCAGUGGAGGGGCCGGCUGGGGAGGUGGUGUGCGUGCCGGCGCAGCUCUUCGGGCGGUCGAAGGUGGACCUCUUCGUGCCCCCGCUGUUCGCGGGCCUGGUGGUUUGGGGCUCCGCCUUGUUCGUCCGGGCCGUCGGGCUGUGGGAGAGCGUGGAGGAGGCGAUCGGGUGAAUGGUGAUUUCUGACCGUUGAUUCCUGCGGGAGACCGAGAGACACCGAGAAUUUGUCGUAUCCUUCGGGCCGAAUUUCGGGCGCAUAAGUACAUGCAACUUCCAGAGCCCCUGUAUAAUUCCUUUCACAGUGCCGUUGGAUAUGGGAUUUGUAAAAAUAAUGGCCGUUCGAUUAAUGGGCCCUCUUGUGAAUUGCUGCAUCAUACAAUGAUUCGAUUAUAAUGUUGUUUGCUGAAAAAAUUAAACUAGCGGUCGAUCUAGAUCGAUUAGGAGAUAGGAUUCA